UCAACGGUGUCUUCCUCGGUUCACGCCUCUGGCCCCUGCUAGAAAGAGGCUUCCGCCCGCGUGGUUUGGGGCCAACCCCCAAAAGGCAUUGUUCCGGGAGUCCUUCGCCAGCUCUCCAAGACGACUGCCCGCCAGAGGGCGCCAGACGUCCACCUUGCGCUCUUAGGGAGGUGGGAGGGGUAGGUGAGGGGAACUGCUCUUCCCCACCCCCAACCCGCACCCACACUGGCUCCCGUAGGGCUGGGUUAGGCGGGCAAACACACACCCCGUGCCAGCAUCCUCCCUGACUCGACCAACCUACCUUGUGGGGAAACUGAGGUCAGAAGCCGACUUGGCCCAGGUUAUACAGCUGGGGCGGGGCAAAGCGAGGGGGCUUUUCCCAGAGCUGGAGACCAUGGCUCCGCGAACUCUGGUGCUGGGGCAACGGUCCGCCAAUCAAAGAGUCCCUGUCAGACAGGGGAGGCCGAGCCGGCCAAUCAGAGGGUCCCUGCCAGAAGGCGGAGCCUGCCAAUCAGGGGUGCCUGGCGAGGUAAGGCGGAAACCAUUGAAUCUCGCCGGUGGGGGGCGCGCCGUGACGUGCAGAGGAGCGAGUGGGAGCCGCGCUUCGGGCUGGGCACCUGUUUCUCAGUUGCCUCAGUUUCCCUGGGAAUGACAGGUGAACGCACCGGGCUAGGACUCUAACGGGAAGGAAAACUGAGGUUGGGAGGUGGGCCCGGGUGGCUGCCUGGCGGAGGCGAUGCCUGCACGUAGUGGGAGGGGCUUCUCUAGCUCCGCCCCUGGGUCCCGCCCCGCCCCCGCCCCCGCCCCCGCCCCCGCCCCCGCCCCCGAUCUCUCAGCCCCAGCGGUCUGUCCCGCGCGCGGUUGCCAGUGCCGCCGGUUCCCGGCUAUGGAAGCCCCCAGGGCCCCGGGCCCGGACCCGGGCAGAAAGGAGCUGAAGAUCGUGAUCGUGGGUGACGGCGGCUGCGGCAAGACAUCACUGCUCAUGGUGUACAGCCAGGGCUCUUUCCCUGAGCACUACGCCCCAUCCGUGUUCGAGAAGUACACGGCCAGCGUGACUGUGGGCAGCAAGGAGGUGACCCUGAACCUAUACGAUACCGCUGGGCAGGAAGAUUAUGACCGGCUGCGACCCCUGUCCUACCAGAACACCCACCUCGUGCUCAUCUGCUAUGACGUCAUGAACCCCACCAGCUAUGAAAACGUCCUCAUCAAGGUGAGGCCCGUGACCCAGCCAGCCUGCCUCAGGGGUGGGGACCACGGGUCUGGCCUCAGCCUUGAUGCCUGCCUUCUCCCUCGACAGUGGUUCCCCGAGGUCACACAUUUCUGCCGUGGGACCCCCAUGGUGCUCAUUGGCUGCAAGACAGACCUGAGGAAGGACAAGGAGCAGCUGCGGAAGCUCAGGGCCGCCCAGCUGGAGCCCAUCACCUACGUGCAGGGCCAGAGUGCUUGCGAACAGAUCCGAGCUGCCCUCUACCUGGAAUGUUCUGCCAAGUUUCGGGAGAAUGUGGAGGACGUCUUCCGAGAGGCCGCCAAGGUUGCCCUCAGUGCUCUGAAGAAAGCACAGCGGCAGAAACAACACAGGUUGUGCCUGCUGCUCUGACCCCUCUGGGCAGGGCAUAAACCCUCAGGGCGAGACUGACGGGGGCGCCAAGCCGCCAGCCCCGGAUUAUACCCUGAGAUCCUGCCCCACCCCCAGCUUUCCAAGGGCACCUGGAGGUGGGUGUCUCCCUGUGUCUGGAGCCUCUGGUUACACUCUUAGAACAUUCUGGAGAUCUCUUCUUUCCCAGCUGGGGCUCUGACCAUGAACUCACCUUGGGUUCACACUGGAGCCGUGGCCUGCAUGGAGGUGGGUGAGGGUGCUGGACUCAGUCCCUCUGUACCUGGAACCAGCAUUUGUCCCCAGGACUCAAGAGUACGCGGCCUCCCCCCAACCAUGUGUGUUCCCCUCGGCACCCCCAAUUAGGUCCUCAAAACCUAUGCUUGAAACAAAGAACUACAUCCGGUACGUGGAUAAAUGUGGAUUCAUCAGCGUUCUGCACAGCCCCCCAAGCCCGCUGCUCCCAUGUCACCCACGUCCCUGGGCUCUGGAGAUAGGCACGACUGCAUCCUCCAGCUCCUCGCUUCCUUCCUCCAGGAGCUCGGGGGCCACGAUGGGAUGGGGGCCUAUCGGGACAACACAGGCACUAGCCCCGGACAUGGGCGCCAACAGCGGCCCCGGCCCCCCAACAGAGGACUCCAGUCUCAGCCUUUGGCUGGGCCGCCACCUUUCCAGAGCUGGUGAACAUGCCUGAGGGGGACAAGGAACUCUC